CCCAUUUUCAAAUCCAAAAAAAAAAAUAAAACUCUUCCACCCUCAUCUCACUUUCACUGGCCACAGCGAAUGGGUAAAGAAGGAGACUUGUGGGAUGAUUCUGCUCUCAUCAAUGCCUUCGACCACGCCAUUUCUACUUUCAAGAAAAUGCACAAGAACAAGAACAAUAGCAAGGAUGAAUCAGCUGGAGCUGAGGCUGAGGCUGAGGAUGAGGCUGAGACAGUGAUGGGCGCCACCGCUGAAGAAAAUGGUUCUAGUGGCGACUUUCGAAAUCUUGACACUGCAAGGGAUGUUGAUGAGAAGAGCAAUAUUCCAGCUGCUGAUACACCUGAUUUAGGUGAGACUGGUUCUGUGCCGAAGUUGGGAGAUGAUUGUCAUGCUGAGCCGCAGGUAGGACAUACUUGUCAGGAUUCAACAAGGGGCCAAGGCAUCCAAAGUGAGCAUGAUGCUUAUGCAUAUGCACAAGGUGUGGAGGAAUAUAAUCAGUUAGUUGUUCAGUAUAAUGAACUUGAGGAGAAAAGGCUGAAGAUUUGGGAGCAACUUAAUCAGUAUAGUGCUUGGAAUUACAAAUAUGAUGCUACUGCUACUAGUUCUGGUGUACCAUAUUCCAAUGUGCAGGAUUAUUCAAUGUCUCCUUACCAAGUUUCUGAUCCAAAUGUUGUUUGCACGUGUUGCCCGUGUUUUAGUCAAUGUUCAAUGGCUUCUUGCACAUCUGCUCCCGGUUGUUCUCUAGAUGAAUCAGGUGUUGGUAAACCUUGUAACAGUCAUUAUGUGGAAAUGGAUCAUAAAAUGCCAUUUCCAUGUGAGGAUGGUAAAAUCCACAAAAUAGCAAUGGGAGCAGCAGAGCAGGCACUGUCGUCCAUUAGAACAACCAUUUCUGGUGAUUCUAAUGUGAAUGAAGAGAAAGAGAGAACAAUUUCUGAACCCAAACAAACUAGUGGCUCAGGAACAGAUCUUACUGCUCUUUUGAAUGCUUGGUAUUCUGCGGGCUUCUAUACUGGAAAGUAUCUUGCUGAACAAUCCAUGGCUAAUAGAAAAUAGAAGUAAACUAGAAUUUCAAGUGGAGGCAAAAGGUUCCUCACACCACUCUUAUUAGUAUAGUGAAGAGUUAGAUGGUGACUUAUUUACAUUUACUUCUUUGAGAAAAAUCAGGAGAAUGCUUUCGGUGUGAUCUAAUUGGUAUGGUGGUUCAAUAUAAACUACGAGGCCUUGGUGACCUUUCUUAGCAUGGUUUCACUGGAUGUGUAUCUAAAGCAGGAUUUUACCCUCUGCUAUGUUCAUGAAUAUGUUGCCCGAGUUUGGUGUCAAAUGCUAGAGACCUUAACAUAUGUAAACCAUUCUCUGAUAAGAUCCAUAUUCACAUUGAAGAAAUAUCACAAUUUCAAAAUGUUUGACCAAA